UGGGAGCCAUAAUGGCGGCUUCAGACUUUCAGUUUCCUAUCUCUCAGUUCCCUUAAUACGUCCAUGCUCAGUGAACUGAACUUUAACCGUUGCCCCGCCCACUCAGUUGACACGCGUGUUGCCUGUUUGCAAGCAUGGCUUCUUCUGCUAAGAGGAGAGCAGUAGGUUUGGGGGAAAAUCCUGAGGAAAGUGACAACAGCUGCGAUGAGAAUCCGGAGAAGGAUGAUGAUUCCGGGGAGGAGGACAGCGAGGAUUCAGAGGAGGAGAUUAAUGAGGAGGUCAUGGUUGACUUUGAAGCCCACACCAUUUCAGUCAACGACUUCAAUGGCGUCAAGAAACUCUUACAGCAGCUGUUCCUGAAGGCUCAUGUAAAUACAUCAGAGAUGACCGACCUCAUCAUUCAACAGAAUCAUGUUGGAAGUGUCAUCAAGCAAGCUGAGGUGCCAGAAGACAGCGAUGAUGACGACCCAGAUGAAGUGUUUGGCUUCAUCUCUAUGCUCAACCUUACAGAGAGAAAGGAUGUGCAAUGUGUAGAGGAAGUAAAGGAUCUGAUCAUGGAUCAGUGUGAGAAGAAUGCUACCCACAGUGUGACGGAGCAGCUAGAGCAGAUCUUCAGUGACACCAGCAAGCCUGUGGGGCUACUGCUGAGUGAGCGCUUCAUCAACGUGCCCCCACAGAUCGCCCUCCCACUGCACACACAACUCCAGGAAGAAAUAGCUGAAGCUCAGAGGACGAAUAAGCCCAGUGGGAGGUGUCACUAUUGUCUGAUGAUCAGCAAGACCUGCAAAGAGGCAAGCAAGAGCAUUCCAGCCAGAGGAGGAGCUCCCAAAGACGAAUACAUGUUUAUCAAUGCAGAGGAGGAAUUCUUCUAUGAGCAAGCCAUCAUGAAGUUCCACUACUCCGUCCAGGAAGAGGCAGACUCCUGUUUGAGCGGCAGGUGGUCGUUUGACGAUGUACCCAUGAAGCCUUUCAGGACAGUGAUGCUGAUACCAGUAGACAGAAUGCCUGCUAUUAUGGCCAAACUCAAAGAAUACCUAACUGUGUGAACUCUACAAUAAAUUUAAGACACCCACACUGAAGACCUUCAGGCUCAUGGAAAUGCUUCAAUAUACUUGUAAGAGACUGUUUUUAUAAAAAAAAAAGUUUUGGUACUGUCAGCUACAACAGUGCCAGUAUUGUAAACCUGACAUUUACCACAUUUUCAUAGUAAUUUUAGAGAUGCAGCUUUUACAAAUUUCCUGGUCUACAAUGCAAAAGAAAAUCCCAACAUACCCUGCUUAUACUGCAGAAAUAAACGGUUAUGUCAUGUGAAUAAAAAUAGAAACGGCACUAGGUCACGUUUUAUAAAAUGAUUUUGUUUAUAACAAUAUUAUUAAUCAAGACAGUUAAAUGAUAAAUUGUGUUAAUGACAACAGCCGAUAUGUGGGAGCUUGGAAUCCAGUAUCAGAUGGAGGGAGAGAAAGGUGCAUUUGCCGUAAAUGUGCUGACUUGAUCGUCCCACAUUUCCCCUUAACUUAACUUGGUAGAAAGCGGAUUUUCACAAAUUUGAUCUCGAUUGCUGACAUGAAAUGGAAAAUGGAGUAUACAAUUUAUGUGUGAAAACCGGCGUAGUACCUUGAAUUUUUGUGCCAAUGCACCAUUCUACCAAGGAUUUUCUAGCAUUUCUGUAGAUUUCUUGCCGAUUAAUAAAAGAAAAUAUGCUUUAUA